GAAGGAGUCGAAGAAUUUCCUUCUGUUACGUUAGACCAUGUUCGCCAAACUGUCCAUUGUUCUGUUGGCCGUCGUGAGUGCGGCCCUCGGUGGGGUGUUGAAGGAUUUCACCGGUGGCACGUACGAUUUGACCACUGGACAGUAUUCGUCAGCCAUUACCGGCCGCGUCUACAAUACUGCUCCGUACGGAUACGCAUCCCCCUACGUUCCAGCCUACGGGUACGCAGCUCCCUAUGCCCUCGCGAGCCCGUAUGUCUACGGAGGACUCUACCGCUGAACAUUGCCGAGAUGAGAGUCGGAAAGUCUCCAAUAAAUGUUGUGAACAAAA